GAUCCAGAGGAUUACCAUUAAAUUUGGCAUAAAUCUUUAGAAAAGUUAUCACAUGAAUACGAGAUUUGACUUUCUAUAAAUGUGUGUCAAAUUUAAUGGUGAUAUUUUGGAGUCGUACAAUGAUCUUUUUGGGAUCGUAUACAGAUGGAUGUAAAAAAGAGGCCAUUUCUAUAUAUACAUAUAUAUUAAAAAAUUAUGGGAUUGCAGGGUAGAUGAAAGAGAGAGAGAGAGCCCUCAGGGACCAGAAUCAAUUCCAUUCUAGAAGAAGUUUUCCCUCUCUCUGUUUUUCAGUCAAACCUGCCUCGUUCCUCAACUUAUAAACUCUUAAAUCUCGACGCUCGAAAUUGGUGUUGAAACAUAACAUACUCUCUACCCCGCCACCCACUUCCUUCUCUUCUCUUCUCUUCUCUUCUCUCUUUCACACUGCUAAUCCCUAAUCUCUCAACUACUCUCACUCUUAGAGUUUCAACCCCUAAACCAAGUCUCAGAGCCCCCUCCCCUCCCCUCCCCUCCCCUCCCCUCUGUCUCUACAGUGGGCAAGGUUCAAUGAAGCGGCGGCCCACAAUCUGAACCCAACCCGAUAGAAGCUAUCAUGGCGCCCACGUGGACAAGACAGCAUCCUUCUCUCCCAUCUGCUCAAUCAAUCUAGAGUGAGUAAUCGAAUGUGAAAAAAGGGUUCGUAAUGACGGGGCAGCCCGCCAUGAUGAGACUCUCCGGGUGCCGCCACCGCGUGCAGGCCACGCCCCUCGCUCGCCCACCGCGCCCCCUGCGACCGCACCUCGCCCUCGCCUGGCGCGGCUCCGGCAAGGACAAGGUGGUGGUGGUCAUGGGCGCCACGGGCACUGGCAAGAGCCGCCUCUCCAUCGACCUCGCCGCCCGCUUCCCAGCCGAGAUCAUCAACGCUGACAAAAUGCAGCUCUAUCAGGGCCUAGACAUAGUCACCAACAAAGUCCCUGUAGAAGAGCGGAGGGGCGUCCCCCAUCACCUGCUCGGUACCUUGGACCCCAAAUCCCACCAAGACUUCGACUGCAACGAUUUCCGGGACUUGGCCUCCCAGGCGGUCCUCUCCAUCUCGUCACGCGGCCACCUUCCCAUUGUCGCAGGUGGAUCCAACUCCUACAUAGACGCUCUGGUGUCCGGGCCGGCUCCGGGCCAAAUGAGAUACGAGUGCUGCUUCCUCUGGGUUGACGCCGCCCUUCCGGUGCUCCAUCAGUUUGUAAGCGAUCGGGUGGAGGACAUGGUGGAGGCCGGCCUUGUGGCCGAUGUGCGAGCUCUGUUCGAUACAAGUGGUGGCCGGGUCGACUUCUCCCGUGGCCUCGGCAAAGCCAUUGGCGUCCCAGAGAUGGACAGGCUCAUCAAAUCGGAGAGGCAGGCGUCCCUCUCUCUCCACGAAAGGGCGGCCCUGAUACGGGAAGCGAUGGAGGAGAUCAAGGCGAACACAUGUAAGCUGGCCUGCUGCCAAUUGCAGAAGAUUCAGAGGCUGAGGAGCCUCCGGGGGUGGGAGCUGCACCGGCUCGAUGCCACCGCAGUGCUCGACGCCGCAGACCGGCCCAGCGCCGACGAGGCGUGGGAGAGGCUCGUUGUGCAGCCGAGCGCCCGUGUGGUGCGCCGCUUCCUCACAGCCACCGCCGUGGCGCCGAUGCCGGCCCUCGAGCGAGCCCCCGCAGGCCGCAUCGCUUAACGACCGGGGCUCAGGCAGGGGUCCUCACGCGUGCGAUCUCAUUUUCUGGUCAUAUUUUAAAAAUAAAAAAAAAUGGUCUCUUUCGAGGCCGUUAUCUGUGAGAGGAACAGUUUUGGCGUGCCCUCCUCUGCUGGGAUAGUGGGGGUAACAACCUGGCAAAUUGAUCGUAUGCACGUGUGAUGCCACCGGAUUCUUCCAAUUUCCCGCCGGCGAGUUUUUGAAUUAUGGCGCCGUUCGGAAAUGCCGGCCUUGUGUAAAGUAAAAAUCUCCCUCUUUUUUUUUUUUGGGUUCUCUCUCUCUUUAGUAUAUUUUGGGUUUUCUCUCUCUACUCUUUACU